GAACAACUUCAGCCUAAAACUUACUUAGUUCUUUCUCACACAGUGCUUUAUUAUAUGGAAGAAAAGAGCAUGAAGAAAACUUAUACAACAAGGAACAACGAUAAACAUAGCAUGGAGAAGCCAAAAGGCUUGCAUGAAGCAGCUGCAGUGAGUAAAAAAUCUCCGAGAAACAGUUAUGAUAUUGAAGUUCAUCCAAUCUCCUUUCAUGGGUGUUCAGCGUUGUGGGAUUCUGAUUCAGAUUUAGGAAGUAAAAGUAGGGAGAAGAAAGCUUAUCCAUUGCCACAGCCUUCAGCUUCUUCAUGUAGGGCAUCAAUGGAGUCCCAUCAAAGGGGUUCAAGUUUUGGUUCAGAAAGGGUGUCAGUUUCAAGUUUUACCUCAAAUGAAUCUUCUUCUGAUGAUGAUGAUGAUAUUCAUGGGGAUUUCAGUUCCUUCAGAGUAUAUGAAGAAAAUAACAGCAACUUAUGGUCAAAAGGCUCAAAUUCAGGAUCAAAAGCUUCGUAUAUGCAUCAAUCACCUCGAUAUCUGUCACCAUGGGAUGCCACUUUAGAGUCCCCAACUGAGAAACAUCCAUGUCAUCGUCUUCCCCUUCCUCCUCCUACUUCACCUAAUAAACCUCCAAAGAAAUCUCCAUCUAAAUGGAAGAAAGGGAAGCUUCUAGGAAGAGGGACAUUUGGACAUGUUUUUGCUGGUUUUAAUAGUGAAAAUGGAACAAUGUGUGCAGUGAAGGAAGUUAAGGUCAUUACAGAUGAUCAAACAUCAAAAGAAUGUCUCAAACAACUGAACCAGGAGAUAUCCUUGCUUAGUGAGUUGUCUCAUCCAAACAUUGUCCAAUAUUAUGGGAGUGAACUGGGAUCAGACAAGCUUUCGGUUUACUUGGAAUACGCUUCAGGGGGUUCAGUCCACAAAUUACUAGGUGAAUAUGGACCUUUCAAGGAACCUGUUAUCCGAAGUUACACAAGGCAAAUACUCAGUGGCUUGGCUUACUUACAUGCAAGGAAUACAGUACAUAGGGAUAUCAAAGGAGCCAACAUACUUGUAGAUCCUAAUGGUGAAAUCAAGCUUGCUGAUUUUGGAAUGGCUAAACAUAUGACAUCUUGUUCUUCAAUGCUUUCUUUUAAAGGAAGCCCUUAUUGGAUGGCACCAGAGGUUAUCAUGAAUGCUCAUGGAUAUAGCUUAGCUGUUGACAUUUGGAGCCUAGGGUGUACAGUUCUUGAGAUGGCAACAUCAAAACCUCCCUGGAGCCAGUACGAAGGGGUUGCAGCCAUAUUUAAGAUAGCAAACAGUAAGGGUUUUCCAGAAAUCCCUAAUAACCUUUCAAAGGAUGCUCAGAAUUUCAUAAAACUUUGCUUGCAAAGGGAACCAACUGCACGCCCUACAGCACUGAAACUGCUUCAGCAUCCCUUUGUCCAAGACCAAUCUAUGGUGGAACCAACAAAAUUCAAUUUGGUUGAUGAUAGAAGAAGACCUUCAAAGGGUUCAUGGGACGAAAUAUCACUUGCUUCUUCUUUACCCGAGUCACCUUGCUCGAACUCGACUCAACAAUGUAAAUCAGCUUGCGGAAGCUCUCAUCGUUCAUCUUAUCAAACAUCUUAUUAGUCGGUUUCAUUCACCAUCAAUAUUGUAGAAAUCUCCUGGGAUCCCACACGUUAUGUAAGUAAAGUAGAGGCAUUAUGUUCGAAAUUUUCCAGAGAGGUGAGAAGCAAGAAAUGAGGGGAUAGAUUGUCUUGUGAAUGUCAACUUUGAAGAUGUAAAGUGGAUUGCUUGUACAUAUUAGGAGGUUUUGUAUUUGUUAAUAUAAUUAUUUGUUUUCGGAAAUGAAUUAUGUGCAUCAAAAAAAGUAAAUUUAUGAAUCAAAGUUUGUCUUACUCAA